AUGUCGAAGAGAAGGACAAGAGAGCCCAAGGAAGAGAAUGUUACUCUUGGGCCUGCAACUAGGGAAGGAGAGCUAGUGUUUGGUGUUGCCCACAUUUUUGCCUCUUUCAAUGAUACUUUCAUCCAUGUCACUGAUUUGUCAGGCAGGGAAACCAUGGUCCGCAUUACAGGUGGCAUGAAGGUGAAGGCCGACAGGGAUGAAUCAUCCCCAUAUGCUGCUAUGCUUGCGGCACAAGAUGUUUCCCAGAGAUGCAAGGAACUCGGUAUCACUGCCCUUCACAUUAAGCUCCGUGCCACUGGGGGUAACAAGACCAAGACUCCUGGACCCGGUGCUCAGUCUGCACUUCGGGCUCUCGCUCGUUCAGGCAUGAAGAUUGGGAGGAUAGAGGACGUGACCCCAAUCCCAACUGAUAGCACUCGCAGAAAGGGUGGCUUGAAAUUUGACGUAUUGGAGACCUGGAGGGAGGAGGAAAUCUACGGCUUUGCGACGUCUCACUUUCUUGGCUCGUCGUAUGGCGGCUGA